CCAAAGAAGGGAUUAGGGGGCGGGGCCAAGAUGAAUUGUUAACGUGUGACUGAACUAUCUUGCUGAACGUAAACACAACCCUAGAAGAAGACGGGUUGAAGAUCUUCUGGUUUACAUACUUGGUGGACCAGUCUGCCUGCGGGAAUGCUCAAUCCUCAAAGAUCUUUAUCUGAACUACCAAAGAUGUCGGGUCCAAGCCAAGCCGAGAGGGCUGUUUUGGAGGAGGAGUUUAACUGGUUGCUGAAAGAGGAGGUCCAUGCUGUUUUGAAGCAGCUCCAGGAUAUACUGAAGGAGGCAUCCAGGAGGUUCACCAUUCCCACCCCAGGACUGGAGAGCCAACUGAAACAGGAGAACUUCAUCCUGGGCAGCUCAACCAUGGACCAGGUGAAAGGAGUACUGACUCUACAGGGAGAGGCCCUGACUCAAGCUGACAUCAAUCUGAAAACUGCUAAAAGCAACCAUGUGAUGCAUUUCACAUUCAGGGAUGAUAAGCAGUGGAAAUUACAACAGAUCCAGGAUGCUAGGAACCAUGUGAAUCAGGCUCUGCAGCUGCUGAGUGGUAGAGAUGAGAGCUACCACUUUAAGACUGGGGCUGAGGUCAACAAGCUGAUGGACGCGGUGAUGCUCCAGCUGACCAGGGCUCGUAACCGCCUCACCACUCCGGCAGCCAUGACCCUGCCGGAGCUGGCCACUAGCGGCCUCAUGAAAAUGUUCACUCCUCCAAUGCCAGGCGAUGUGAUGGUGAACUUCUAUAUCAACCUGAGUAAGCUGUGUCUGACUGUCUACCAGCUGCACGCAAUGCAGCCCAACACCACCAAGAACUUCAGGCCAUCUGGAAGCUCUGUGUUACACAACCCUGGAGCCAUGUUUGAGCUGAACAAUGCUAAGUUUGAGGUGAGCCAGGUUCACAAGGUGGAGUGUGUUGUCCCCUGGCUCAACAACACCCUGGUCUUCUUCACCAUCUCACUGCAGCUCUGUCAGCAGCUCAAGGACAAGAUUUCCGUCUUCUCUAGUUUCUGGAACUACCGACCGUUCUAACCUCCUGCAGCUAGCUGACCGUCAGAAUGCCUAGGUGUUCUAACCUCCUGCAGCUAGCUGACCGUCAGAAUGCCUAGGUGUUCUAACCUCCUGCAGCUAGCUGACCGUCAGAAUGCCUGGGUGUUGUAACCUCCUGUAGCUAGCUGACCGUCAGAAUGCCUAGGUGUUCUAACCACCUGCAGCUAGCUGACCAUCAGAAUGCCUCGGUGUUCUAACCUCCUGCAGCUAGCUGACCGUCAGAAUGCCUAGGUGUUCUAACCUCCUGCAGCUAGCUGACCGUCAGAAUGCCUAGGUGUUCUAACCUCCUGUAGCUAGCUGACCGUCAGAAUGCCUAGGUGAUCUAACCUCCUGCAGCUAGCUGACCGUCAGAAUGCCUAGGUGUUCUAACCUCCUGCAGCUAGCUGACCGUCAGAAUGCCUAGGUGUUCUAACCUCCUGCAGCUAGCUGACCGUCAGAAUGCCUAGGUGUUCUAACCUCCUGCAGCUAGCUGACCGUCAGAAUGCCUAGGUGUUCUAACCUCCUGCAGCUAGCUGACCGUCAGAAUGCCUAGGUGUUCUGUCCAAAUCCUUCACACCAACCAACCCAGAUAAAAGGGAUGUCUUGAAAAUAUUGUCUGAUUUUGAAGUGGGUUUUGUUUGUAUAAUUUACAGGAGAACAGCCGGAUCAAAAUCCAUAUACAUUACCAGUGUUUAGUAUUCCAGGGUUUAGUGCCCAUCCAUGUGUUACAGCUGCUUUAAUUCAGUCCCAAAUCAACCCCUAGACCCUAACUUCUAGACUACACUCUCCCUACUUGUGAAGAAAGUAUAGGACUAAGCAAUAUGGUGGAGCUACUACCAUAUUGCUAUAUCUAUCCAAUACAUUCAGUGUUUCCCCUAGUUGGGGGUCGUUAGCGCAAUGACUGGAAGUCUAUGGGAAUGAAUCUAGGGGAAACACUGCAUUCUGAUCUAGACAAGUAGGGACUAGGGGUUGAUUUAGGAUUGGGUGCAUGUAUCUCUCUGUGCGUCAUCUGUUGUAUUUUGUUGUAUAGUACCAACUAACUUGGACCUCCCUGUUGUAUAGUACCAACUAACUUGGACCUCCCUGUUGUAUAGUACCAACGAACUUGGACCUCCCUGUUGUAUAGUACCAACUAACUUGGACCUCCUUGUUGUAUAGUACCAACUUGGACCUCCCUGUUGUAUAGUACCAACUAACUUGGACCUCCCUGUUGUAUAGUACCAAGUAACUUGGACCUCCCUGUUGUAUAGUACCAACUAACUUGGACCUCCUUGUUGUAUAGUACCAACUAACUUGGACCUCCCUGUUGUAUAGUACCAACUAACUUGGACCUCCCUGUUGUAUAGUACCAACUAACUUGGACCUCCCUGUUGUAUAGUACUAACUAACUUGGACCUCCCUGUUGUAUAG